AUGUCCUCCGCCGCGGAUAGGCUCAACGCGAAGCACGAGAAGGCCCUGCGGGAGCUCCUCAAGCUGCCCGGGAACAAGCGAUGCGUGACGUGCGUCGGCCCGGGGUCUCUCGCGCCGCAGUACGCGUGCGUCACCUUCGGCACGUUCCUGUGCACGACGUGCUCGGGCGUCCACAGGGAGUUUCAGUUCCGCGUGAAGUCGAUCAGCGGGUCGUACUUCACCGCGGACGAGGUCGCGAUGCUGUCUCGGUGCGGAAACGAUUACGCGCGGGCGAGGUACCUCGCGGGGUGGACCGGGACGGACAUGGAGCGCCGGUUUCCGAUCGUCAUGAACACGAAGAUGCGGCAGCUGAAGGAUUUCGUUCGCGCGGCGUUUCACGAGAAGAAGUUCGAGAACGAAGGCGCCGCGCCGCCGCCGCAGUCGCAGUCGCAGUCGCAGUCGCAGUCGCAGUCGCAGCCGCCGCAUCAGAUGCAGUUCUCCGCGCCCGCGCCCGCGGCGCCGGCGGCGGUGAACGACGACCCGUUCGGUCUGGGCGGUUUGAUGGGGUCGCCCGCGCCCGCGCCCGCUGCGGCGGCGCCGGUGGAUUUGGCCGCCGCGUUGGCCGCGCCGAACCCGCCGCCGCCGCAGCAGCAGCAGGGGUACCAGCAGCAGCAGUACCAAUCGCAGCCGCAGCAAGGGUACCAGCAGCAACCGCAGUACCAGCAACAACCGCAGCAAGCUUACCAGCAGCAACUGCAGCAAGCGUACCAGCAGCAACCGCAGUACCAACAACAGCAACAGUAUCAACAGCCGCCGCAACAGCAACAGUGGGGCGUCGCGCAGCCGACUCCCGCGCCGGCGGCGGCGCCGGCGCCAGCGCCCUCGCAGGUGCCCGCGCCCGCGCCCGCGCCCGCCCCGCCCUCGUCGCCGCCGUCGUGGGCCGCGUUCGGCGUCGCCGCAGCGAAGUUCAAGGCGGCGGCUCAAAACGUCGCUCCCGCGCCCGCGCCCGCGCCCGCGGCCGCGGCGGACCAGGGGAUGGGCGGAUGGGACGCGUUCGGGACGGGAUCGGCCGCGCCGCCCGUGCCUGAGGCGUCGAACGAUCCGUUCGGCGACCCGCCCGCGUCCGCAGCGCCGGUGCCCGCGCUGGUCGCGGACGCGAACGAUCCGUUCGGCGCUCCCGCGCCCGCGGCCGCGGCGCCCGCGGCCGCGAACGACCCGUUCGGCGCGCCCGCGCCCGCGCCCGCGCCCGCCGCGCCCGAACCUCCUCCCGCGGUGCCGGAAAAGCCGAAACCGCGCGUCAUGAAGAUGAUCACCGACGACUUCUUCUCCGCGCCCGCGGGGAUGCCCCAGGGCGGAGGCGGCGGGUUCGGAGGCGGCGCGAUGCCGGGUAUGGGCCACCCGCAGAUGGGCGGGAUGAUGCCGCAGGGAGGGAUGAUGCCGCAGCAGCAGCAGCAUAUGGGCGGUGGGAUGAUGCCGCAGCAGCAGAUGGGCGGCGGCAUGAUGCCUAACCAAGGGGGAUACGGCGGGAUGCCGCAACAACAGCACGCGAUGCCGCAACAGCAAGGGUACGGAGGAAUGCCGCCGCAGCAGCAGCACGGCGCGUACGGAGGAAUGCCACCGCAGCAAGGGAUGAUGGGCGGCGGCAUGGGUCAGAUGGGUCAGAUGGGCGGUGGCAUGGGUCAGAUGGGUCAGAUGGGCGGAGGCAUGGGUCAGAUGGGUCAGAUGGGCGGCGGCAUGGGUCAGAUGGGCGGCGGCAUGGGUCAGAUGGGCGGCGGCAUGGGUCAGAUGGGCGGCGGCAUGGGUCAGAUGGGUCAGAUGGGCGGGAUGCCCCUCGCGGACCCGUUCGGCGCGUCGUCCUCCGCCGCGCCCGCGGUAGACGCCGGACCGGACCCGUUCGCGGAGCUCGGCGGCGCGAUCGGCGUGAAAGCGCCGCCGCCGAAACCCGCGCCCGCGCCGACGCCGUCGCCGCCGUCGCAAAACGGAUUCCCGCCGCGUGGAGGGAUGAUGACCGGCGCCGCGCAAGGAGGCAUGCAAGGAGGGAUGGGAGGCGGUGGAAUGAUGCAAGGAGGGAUGAUGCACGGUCAGAUGGGCGGCGGAAUGCCUCAGCAACAGCAGAUGGGAGGCAUGGGAGGCAUGGGUCAGAUGGGCGGCAUGGGUCAGAUGGGCGGCGUGGGUCAGAUGGGCGGCGGCGUGGGCCAGAUGGGAGGCAUGCCGCCGCCGCAACCGCAGUACGGGGGGAUGCCACCGCAGCAGCAGCAGCCGUCGCAGAUGGGCGGCGGCGGCGGCGGCGGGGGUUACGACCCGUCCAAUCCGUUCUCGGGAAUGUAG